AUGACGACAACCACGGCUACGGCGACCGCCGACCCCGCGGCGCAAGCGCACCAGUUUCCCCUCCCUAAAAUCCUCGAGUACCCCGCGUCAACCCCGCCAAUCCUCAUCACACAAGGUGCCGAGGGUCGUCUCUACAAAACCACCUAUCUGUUGCCGGAUAUUCCCUGCGCUCUAAAGUACCGUCCUCCUAAGCCCUGGCGACACCCGAUUCUUGACCAGCGCCUUACGAAACACCGCAUCCUUUCAGAGGCUCGCAUUCUUGCAAAGUGCCGCCGUGAUGGUGUCCGUGUACCGGCGGUCUAUGCUGUAGAUGAAUCUGCCGGUUGGUUGAUGCUGGAAUGGAUAUCCGGAGGACCUGUCCGUAAGAGCAUCAACGAGAGACUAGGAAACAGGACGGAGGGUAUCGAGAACGACGCGGAGUUGAAGGAUCUCAUGCGCAGAAUCGGUACCGCUAUUGGUAACAUGCACAAGGUCGGCAUUGUUCACGGCGACUUGACUACAAGCAAUAUGAUGCUAGAACCUCUAGCCAACCCGCAAGACGAUAAUCCUUUGCACGGAGAGUUGGUCAUCAUUGACCUGGGUCUUUCGAGUGGAAGCAUAUCAGACGAAGAUCGUGCAGUAGAUCUCUAUGUUUUGGAGAGAGCUUUUGGUAGUACACAUCCUCGGGCAGAAUGUGUCUUCUCAGAGGUGCUCGAUGCUUACGGUCAAACCUUUAAACAAGCCAAGGUUGUACUUAAAAAGUUGGAAGAUGUGCGGAUGAGAGGUCGCAAACGAAGCAUGCUUGGAUGA